AUGGCCGUGAUGCCGCUGUCGAAGAGUAUCAUUUUUGGUCGCCAGGAAGUCGCAGCUGCCCCUCUGCCAUUUCCGGACCAGUCAACGAACGGCCCCAAACUUAUUGCCCUCAAUGCCACUCUCAUGAGCAUUACAGUUGCCGUCGUGCUUGCUAGGUUGUAUGUGCGCAGAAUCAUGCUCAAGACAUUGGGCUGGGAUGAUGUGUUUAUUAUUGCCGCUACGACUUGCGGCAUUGGCAGCUUUGCAACCUAUAUCGGAGAGAUUCAUCAUGGUAUUGGAAAGCAUAUGCUGGCAAUAUUACCAGACGAGAUGACCAAAAUCUCACAUUAUCGCUAUUUCCAUUCAAUAAUAAUAACAUGCGGCAUAUAUUUUGUCAAGUUAUCGGCAGCAUUUUUCUUGCUACGCUUGAUCACAAACAAGAAAUACAAGAUAUUUUUAUACUGCAUGAUCGCUUUUCUGGCAUCCAUGACGCUUGUGACUUCAUCAACACUUACCUUCUACUGUACUCCAAUUCGCGCCUCCUGGGACUUCAGCCUCGUAAUUUCGGGGGAAGCCAAAUGCUUCGAUAAUAAUACUUUCAAAGCCAUUGGCUUGUUCAACAGCUGUGUAAACAUCAUAACAGAUUUUAUAUUUGCCCUCCUACCUGUUCCUAUGGUCGUAACCUUGCAGGUCAAUAUGCGAACAAGAAUCUCUUUAAUAGGUGUCUUGAGCUUAGGUCUUGUUGCCUCGAGCGCCGCAAUCGUUAAAACAGUCUACCAGAGUCAAUUAUUUGACACUCCAGACUGGUCAAGGGAUGAUAAUUAUUGGGUCUGGAGCAGUGUCGAAAUGUACAUCGGUAUCCUCGCGGCCUCGCUGCCACCACUCCGUCCCCUCUUCGGCAAACUCCUCGACUCAGCCAAGUCGCUGCGAAGUCGUGUUACGGGAACCGCAACUGGUCCCACGGUCCCGAGAUCGCAGAAACACAAAUACUAUAUCCAAGAUGAUUCUUCCGUUGCGAUGCAUAAUCUUAAUCAAAAGUCUAACCGAUACGAUGCCAAAGUUACAACGUCUUCGAGGAGUAUCCCGAGUGACGAUGAUCUUAGCACGCGGCAAAAAGCCGACUUUGAAUCUGUGGAGGAUAUGGUACCCUUGCAGGGGAUUAAGAAGACUGUUCAGAUCACCGUCAAAUAA